GGAUUAUAUUCCACCCGAGCUAAUCACUGCUACAGAGCACAAUCCAGGCGAGCUACCGCCUGCGUGAGAUCAAACAGCGUCAUCUGUCUGUUGUGCUUCGGAUUAGUGAGAUGCAGAGGGGCAUUGCACUCGUGGUUGGCCAGCGACGGCAGGGAUCAAUGGAUGCUCUACAACAAAGAACGAGCACCUCCAUUGCUCCAGCAGCCAUCUGGAGCUGUCGAGCAUCCAACCACUCAGUCCGCGGCCCAGAAAACCCGUGGGGUAGCUCCGUCUGCCCGUCAGCAGCCAUGGUCGCCAUUUGCAUCAACGGACAGGCAGCAAUGCAUCCCGAGCACCAGUCGGCGUUUGCGGCCUUGGUGGCCAACAGGACGAGCUUGCUUGAUGCCACUUGUGGACCUCAUCUGCAGUUUGCACGUCGCCAAUUGCAUAAGCAGGCCAGUGAGGGGUUGCGACGCUGGCAGGACGACAUGAUCCGACCGAAACUCGCCUACGCAAUGCCCAUUCAAACGCAUGCAUCCGUGCCUGGCUGUGAGCAUGAGAAACAGAGCCAGAGGCCGGCGUGAUCGUGAUG